GCUGGGCAUCAUCUCAGGAAAACAUGGCGGACAGGCUAACGCAACUUCAGGAUGCUGUCAAUUCUCUUGCUGAUCAGUUCUGUAACGCCAUCGGUGUUCUGCAACAAUGUGCGCCCCCUGCAUCCUUCAGUAACAUCCAGACAGCCAUCAACAAAGACCAACCAGCAAAUCCCACUGAAGAAUAUGCGCAGCUGUUUGCAGCUCUAAUAGCCAGAACAGCCAAAGAUGUGGACGUCCUGAUCGACUCUCUGCCCAGCGAGGAGUCCACAGCAGCGCUGCAGACGGCCAGCCUCCGGCAGCUGGAGGAGGAGAACCACGAAGCGGCCGCUCGUCUGGAGGAGGUGGUUUACCGUGGCGAUAUGCUGCUUGAGAAGAUCCAGAACGCCCUGGCCGACAUUGCCCAAUCUCAGCUCCGCACGCGCAACGGAGCGCCCAGCCAGCCAUCCCUGGCCGAGUCCUGACCCCCCCCCCCCCACACACACACACACACACACACACACACUCCCAACCAUCACGGACAAUUUUCAGUCAUUUCUCACACUGUUGGUCUGUUUCCACCAAAUCCUGCACCCAGAACCGUCACGUGCUCCAAAUGUGUUGGGGAGGAAAAACAAAACACUAGAUUCUGAAUUGCAUUUGUUUUCUUUAAGUUCUUACAAAAAAAAAACAACCUUUAUUUUACAGGACUAGAUUUUUACUUUAUUUUCUGUUUUUGUUUUUUUUUCUUAAUAAAAAUUAAAUGAAGCUCCUUAUUUUUGUCAAAAACCCAGCUGUAGAGGAACGAACAUUGUACAUGCCUGACUGUUUUGAUGUGCUUACAGCAUGUUGUUCAAUUUGUAUUCAUGUUCAUUUUUAUUUAGUUUUUCCAUCCAGUUGGCUUGAAAAGCUCACACGACUCCACUUACCCAAAGUCAUUUUUAAAUAAACGGACCAUGUGGCUCUC